GCUCAAAAUUAAAUGGAAAUAAUUCGAGGGUUUUAUGAGAGAGAGAUGCUGACUACAAAGUAGAAACCGAAACACUGAUUCACCCAACUCUGUAAUCCCCAGACGAAAUCCAGCUGCGAUGGGUUCUCCCGCAAUCUGGGCCCGUUAUAUUGCCACCAAACUCCAAUACUCCGUUUCUCUCAGUCGUAAGACAUAUGGACCAGGCCAACUAAUGAAAAACGGAGGACUUGAUACCAUAUUGAAAACUAUUUUCAUAGGAAAGUUGACUUUCUUGCAUUCAAACAAAGGAGAAGAGAUGGCCCCCACAAUUGGGACUAACGGUGGUACUCUUCUUGUUCGGAAGAUUCCAGCUGCAGAUCCAACGAAAGUUUAUGUCGGAGAUGUGGUAGUACUGAAGGACCCUACAGACACGGACAAGUAUCUUGUCCGAAGAUUAGCAGCUGUUGAAGGAUACGAGUUGGCUUCUACUGAUAAAGAUGAAGAACCUUUUGUCCUCGAAAAUAAUCAGUGCUGGGUACUCGCUGACAAUGAAGAUUUAAAACCCAAGGAAUGCUAUGAUAGUCGAACAUUUGGUCCAGUUACUAUGACAGACAUAAUCGGCAGAGUCAUAUAUUGCCUAAAGAAUGCCGUGGAUCACGGACCUAUAAAUAACAGCCAUAUAAGCGUGGAGGAGGACUCGCCCGUUCUAGCAAUGGAACUUGAUGUCGAUGAAAUGACACAGAAUCACAAAGUUUAGAAAUAAGUGUCGAAUCCUUUUUGGGCAAGGAUUUUUUUUUUCUUUCCGGGUUUCUCGUUGAAAUUUCAAUAAGCGGUGAUUUAAUGUUGUGUCUGGAUAAAAGUUGCUUCAUUUGUAAUUUUAUUGCUGUGGAUUUAAUUGGAAGUAAACUUUCUGGCUUUGCUUCAAGGGAAUUUUCUCUUGUUAGUGCAGCUUUUGUGUUGAAAAUGGCUUUUGCCUAAUUUGGAUUUGACUUCUUUCCUAUAAUAAAACUAGAGUGGUGCU